AUGUUCGAAACCCCGUUGCCACCUCGGAAGAGCGCAUUUCCCACGCCUCCGAGCACCCAGAACCGGCCUGGCGCCUACUCGGGACAAGCAGGACUGCCUGACAUGGGGCUGAGUCAGUUUGCGGACGACAGCUUCAAUGCGUCCGAGCUGAGCAUCGACCAGAGCAUGCUGACCGACGACUCUCCAGUGUCUCGCAAGCGGCGGAUCGAGACGCCCCAGAGCGAUCAGCCAAGCAAGAUGCGGGCCAGCAGCGAGAAAGAGCAGGAGAAAUGGCCCCAGGACGUCGAGGAGGCCUUUGAGCAGGCGUUGCGGAUCAUCCCCAAACACGGGCUCCACAAGAUCAAAAUCAAUGGCCGUGCAUGUGGACGCAACGAGCUGAUCUCGGACUACAUCUACGCCAAGACAGGAAAGGUCCGGUCGCGCAAGCAGGUCUCGUCGCACAUCCAGGUGGUGAAGAAUAUCAAAAAACGGCCCGAGCUCACCAAACUCAUUUUGGAAGGUCCUCCGUGCGACGAGGAAACCAAACGACUGUUUGACCAGGAGUUCAGCCAGAUCUCGAUGGCGAAAAUGGCCGCCGCCGACAAAAGCCCCGGGUCCUCCAAAGUGCAGACCAUCAGGUAUCCGCUCACUCCUAUCCACCCGGACAACAACGCGUUGCGCCAGCAGCUAAGCCUGGCAGACCUGUUCCGGAUCGACCUCAGUCUCAAGAAAUUCAUCAUGAACUACGUCGACUUCGAAGAGCCAGAGAACUCCCACAUGUUCACGUCUCUGCCGGACGACUACUACCAGCCGCCGCUGCGGAUCCGCACCAACGCCGACCUGAGCCACCGGUUCCCGCAGCUGUUUGAGCUCAUCGACCAGAUCAAGGCGCAGACGCCGUCGUCGCCGUCCACGCAGAUGCACUCCACGCUGCCGCCUGUGCCGCUGCUGCACGGCAUGGUGAAAAUGGUUGCUCCGGGCGAAAACCAGGACACCAACUCAGGACACUUUAAUGUCAACUCGAGCCUCCAGCUGCACGGCAUUCCGGCUACCGACCGCAAGUACGCGUGCCUGACGCUGAUAUACUCCUACGGACGAACAAUUGUGACCACCCUGGAGAAGCUCGAGACCAAGGUGGUGCGCAAACAGGGCGCGCACAAAGACAUCGCUCUGGAGAUCAGGCUGGGCACAAACUACUGGGCAGACUUCUUCGCCAGCAUUCGCCGGCUCUUGAACGCGCCCGAAACCAAAGACAUUCGCAAAGACCUGCUCACGCGCGCGAUAAAGGGCAUCACCAUGAAACAGGUGAUUGUCAACGUGAACGACGAAAACGAGCUGGUAGCAGAAACAAAACCGCGCAUUUCGCUCGACCACGUCCGCAAAGACAACGUGCGGGCCAUCAUUCUAUGGGAGUUCCUCAAAGUGGACGACCACAACGAGGCGAAAACCACCAUACGGAGACUCCAUCUGCCGUUGAGAGAACCUGCACAGCCCGUGCAGCUUCCGGAGCCAGAACCAGAACCAGCUCCUCAUCACGACAUCAACUUUUCCCAUGCAUUGCCUGACUUCCACGAAGCAGACCCAUUUCUCUCGCUCAACACCCUCAACAAUAACGACACACAGCUCGACGAAAAUUGCUCCUAUUUGUGGUGA